CGAGAGGCUGUUCUUCGAGACGGCACACCGCCUGGUGGAGGAUGGCUGGAAAUAGCUGGGCUAUGAGUACCUCAACAUUGACGACUGCUGGUCAGCUAAGCAGCGGGAUGCAGCGGGACGGCUGAUUCCCGACCCUGAGAGGUUCCCCAGCGGGAUUAAAGCCCUGGCUGACUACGUCCAUGCCCGGGGCCUGAAGCUGGGCAUUUAUGGUGACCUGGGCACCCACACCUGCGGGGGCUACCCGGGUACCACGCUGGACCUUGUGGAGCAGGAUGCCCAGACCUUUGCGGAGUGGGGUGUGGACAUGCUGAAGCUGGAUGGGUGCUACUCAUCAGCAAAAGUGCAGGCAAAAGGCUACCCAGCAAUGGCAAGGGCCUUGAACGCCACAGGCCGCCCCAUCGUCUACUCCUGCAGCUGGCCAGCAUAUCAGGGGGGGCUCCCCCCUAAGGUGAACUACACCAUCCUGGCAGAGGUCUGUAACCUGUGGCGCAACUACGGUGACAUCCAGGACUCCUGGGACAGUGUGCUUUCCAUCCUGGACUGGUACUCCACAAACCAGGACAUGCUGCAGCCGGCAGCUGGCCCGGGCCACUGGAAUGACCCGGACAUGCUCAUCAUUGGAAACUUUGGCCUUAGCUACGAGCAGUCCCGCUCCCAAAUGGCCUUGUGGACGGUGAUGGCAGCUCCACUCUUUAUGUCCACGGAUCUCCGCACCAUCUCCCCGAGUGCCAAGGAGAUCCUGCAGAACCGCCUGAUGAUCCAGAUCAGCCAAGACCCCCUAGGAAUCCAGGGGCGCAGGAUUGUCAAGGAGAAAUCCCACAUUGAGGUGUUCCUGCGCCCGCUGUCCCAGGCCGCCAGUGUCCUCGUCUUCUUCAGCCGCAGGACGGAUAUGCCCUUCCGCUACACCACCAGCCUGGCCAAGCUCCACUUCCCUGAGGGUGGUGUGUAUGAGGUACAUGACGUGUACAGCGGGAAGAUCAUCAGCGGCUUAAAUACAGGAGACAGCUUCUCAGUCAUUAUUAACCCCUCAGGGGUGGUGAUGUGGCAUCUCCGUCCCAUGGCACGGGCCUGGCACGUUGACAGGCAGCGAGACCCCAGUGGGGGCUUCCGCCCGGUACGCCUGUGA